CGUAUUUGGCGGUACAUCGCUCUCGGCGCUCAAGCGCUCACCGUCAGUCACCCGUCGACACUCUACCUCUACAUUCCAUCGCCGCGUAAGACUCUCAUGUCUGACCUCUACCGCUCUGCCCUCUCAGCGCGGAUCUCGAAGCUGCCCAUGCUACCUCCGGAGCCAGACGAGGACGACGAGGAGUCCGAGGCGGCAGAUUCGCUCGGGUCGUUGCCCCCACCUGUAGCAGGUAUCGGCCCGACUACAAUGCCCGGCACCCGCGCGUACGCCUCCGCACAGCGCAAACGCGCCCCCAACCCCGAGCUCACGCCGCUCUCCGCGUCCGCCUACUUCGCGCAGGCGACCCAGAUCGCCGUGCCCGACUCGGGGCUCGACGUCCGCGCGUACUACACGCCGCCGCGGGUCAGAGAGGGCGGGGAACCCGGGACGGUGAUAGUGUGCCACCACGGCGCGGGCCAGUCCGCACUUACGUUCGCGCUUGCGGCGGGGGAGGUGACGGAGCUGAGCCGCGGGGAGUGCGGUGUAUUGGCAUUGGAUUGUAGGGGACAUGGGAAGACGGCCACGACGAUUCCGAGGCCAGGUCCUGAGGGCGGCGAGGACUUCUCGAUCGAGACGCUGACGAGCGACUUCGUGAACACUUUGAAAGUGCUGUAUCCUGAUCCUGGCGCUGCACCGUCACUGCUGCUCUCCGGCCACUCUCUCGGUGGCUCUGUGAUCGUGCGCGCAUGUCCCUUGCUCCAAGACCUCAAAUACCGUCUCGCAGGUGUUGCCGUGCUCGAUAUUGUGGAAGAGUUCACCCUCGAGGCGCUCCCAAUGAUGCACUCCCUCCUCGACGCGCGCCCCGCCGGCUUCGGGAGCCAGGAGGAAGCCAUCGAGUGGCACCUGAAGACCAACGCUGUGCGCAACCCCCUCUCCGCGCGUGUCUCCGUCCCCGCGAUCAUCCAGCCCGCACCCGAGGGCACGUCCCCGGCGUGGAUCUGGCGGACCCCUCUGCGGAACACCGCGCCCUACUGGACGAGCUGGUUCACCUCGCUCUCGAAGCUCUUCCUCACUGCGCGGACGGCGCGCCUGCUCGUGCUCGCGGGCGCGGAGCGGCUUGAUCGCGAGCUUAUGAUCGGCCAGAUGCAGGGCAAGUUCCAGCUUACGGUCGUUACCGGGGUGGGGCAUAUGCUCCAGGAGGAUGAUCCAAGGAAGUUGGCUGAAGUGCUUGUGGAGUUCUGGAGGCGGAACGAGAGGGUUGUACCAGCGGGUGUCAAGAAGGUGGGAGAGCGUUAGACCAGACGAAGAUGAAUCAACACUGUACCUAGUAUCGCACAACACAUGUAUCUUACCAUAUGCACAGCACAAAUGUACUCUACAUUUUAUCGACA